ACCUCCGCGUUCCAGGCGGAGAUCAACCAGUUGCUGAGUCUCAUCAUCAACACCUUCUACUCCAACAAGGAGAUCUUCCUGUGCGAGCUAAUUAGCAACGCCUCGGAUGCACUCGAUAAGAUCCAGUUCGAGGGUCUCACCGACAAGAGCAAGUUGGACGCCCAGCUGGAGCUCUUCAUCCGCCUCGUGCCUGACAAGGCGAACAAGACGCUUUCCAUCAUCAACAGCGGCAUCGGCAUGACCAAAGCUGGUAAUUUC